AGAUGGGCCUGUUGCUCCCAGUCCUUUUGGCUGUGUUGGUUUCCCUUCUUGGAGGCCUCUACAUGUUAGGGAUGUUCCGGAAGAGGAGACCGAAUGAGCCUCCCCUAGACAAAGGCAGUAUUCCAUGGUUGGGUUACGCUCUGCACUUCAGAAACAACAGUGCAACCUUUCUGCAGAAGAUGCAGAAAAAACAUGGAGACAUUUUCACUGUCCAGAUUGCCGGCUAUUACUUCACAUUCAUAACAGAUCCACUUUCAUUUGGGCCCAUUGUAAAGGAAGCCAGGACAAAGCUGGACUUUGAGCAGUUUGCAACAGAGUUGGUGGCCAGAGUAUUUGGCUAUCAUGCUAUACAAAAUGACCACAAAAUGCUCGAGAAGGCAAGCACAAAGCAUCUCAUGGGUGAUGGGCUAGUAGACAUGACCCAAGCAAUAAUGGACAACCUCCAAAACUUGAUGCUUCACAACAUUGGCUCUGGGAGUGGUGAAAAAAAAUGGCACCAAGACGGGCUUUUCAAUUACAGCUACAAUAUUGUUUUCCGGGCUGGUUAUCUUGCUUUAUUUGGUAAUGAGCCAGCUAAAGGCAAAGAAGGCAUAGAAAAGGCCAAGAAAGUUGAUCGGGAAAGUUCAGACAAGUUGUUUACCGAGUUUCGAAAGUAUGAUCGCCUGUUUCCACGUCUGGCGUAUGCUGUUCUUCCUCCAAAAGACAAGUUGGAGGCUGAGAGACUUAAACGAUUGUUCUGGAAUAAACUGUCUAUUAAGAGAACCAUGCAGAAAGAAAAUAUAAGUGGGUGGAUCACAGAUCAGUUCCAAUAUCGAGCAGAAAAUGGGAUGCCAGACUAUAUGCAGGACAGGUUCAUGUUUUCUCUUCUCUGGGCCUCCCAAGGUAAUACAGGUCCAUCUUGCUUCUGGCUACUUCUCUACCUAAUGAAGCAUCCUGAAGCUAUGGAGGCUGUCAGUGAAGAGGUAAUAAAGGUAAUUAAAGAAACGAGACAAGAAGUAAAACCUGGAAGCCCUCCCAUUAAUCUCACCAGAGAUAUGCUACUGAAGACCCCCAUUCUGGACAGCAUUGUGGAAGAGACCUUGCGGCUGACGACUGCUCCUGUCCUGAUUAGAGCGGUGAAGGAGAACAUGAACCUCAAGAUGUCCAGUGGGAAAGAGUAUGCCAUUCGUAAAGGGGACAGAGUUGCCCUUUUCCCCUACACAGCUGUUCAAAUGGAUCCAGAAGUGCAUCCAGAACCAGAGAAGUUCAAGUACAACCGUUUCCUAAAUGAGGACGGCACUAAAAAAAAUCAUUUCUACAAGAACGGGAAGCGGCUGAAGUUCUUCACAAUGCCAUGGGGAGCAGGAACCAGCAUUUGCCCCGGUCGUUUCUUUGCUACCAAUGAACUGAAACAGUUUGUGUUUCUUAUGUUGGCAUAUUUUGAAUUUGAGCUUGUGAAUCCCAAAGAAGAGAUUCCAGGCAUCGAUGCAAAUCGAUGGGGUUUUGGCUCAAUGCAACCUACGCACGACAUCCAGUUCAAGUAUCGAUUACGCUACUAGCUGCAAAGGAACCACCACUAACCUGUCUGCCUCUUGUAAGGUUUCCAUUGGAGGGGAACUGAGAACACAGAUGUUUCAGAGACAGUCCAUGUGAAGGAAAGCACAGUUGACGAAAGAACUGCAGAGAUG